UCAUUUUUCACCAGUUCUCCACAACUGUUUCGUUUUGGAUGUUCGUGGACGGAUGAUUCAUUCGUCGUCAAAACAGUAAUCUCAAUAACAAAGUGCAUUAUGCUAGCUUUUGUGUGGUGCAGUGUAUGAUACUCGGGUUGCGUUUCGUAGCCAUUAUAAUAUCCUGUAUGCAGUACUCCUACUUAGAAGAGGUCCGCACUUGGCCGAUUGUUUUGCUGUUCCACCUGUAGGUUUCCGUCCAGAAGUGCCUGUACUGGUGGAACCGAUGAACCAUGUUGACCAACCGUGCCUACCGACUGCUGACCUACCUGUUCGGCAGCAUAAACAUAUUGUUCGUUCUGGUCAUACUAAGCCAAGGAGCCGAGCAAUUGCUUGUUGAUUGGCAAACCGCAUUGUACCAAAUAGUGAUACCGUGUGCCUUAAACAUCCUCUUCGCCAUGUGCUGGAUGAUCGGGGCGGGCCUUAGAAGACCCGCAUUAAUAGCAACGUUCAAAUACUUUAGCUUUGUACAAAUGGCACUGCUCGCCGGAAUCAUACUCUACGCAGCUUACUACGGCCACAAGGAAGGAUUAUCGUCUAAUUUGAUGAUCGUGAUGUGUCUAUUGAUAUCUUUAUUCUUUCUCUCACUGAUGGAGGUCCUCACGGCGAUCGGAACGGAACAUGCGAUAGCGAAGGAACGCGAAAUUUUCCGUCUGAGGCCCGGUAUUGACAUACCGCUAACCUUACAGCGGCACGAUAUAGCCCGACCACCUGGAUCCCCGGUGUCCCAACGGGCGCUCAAUCCGAAAGACUAUCAGCCGCACUAUGUGUAGCGUAGCGAUGUAAGAACUACAAAUGUCAGCCGUCUUCAACCGGCAUAGCCGAAGUCGCAGAUGGUGCACUGCACCAUCGAAAUGCCUUUUGUAAAGUUAAUGGAAGCUUUAAUCUACCGUACGCCUUUUAAGCAGCUGUAUGUUAAAACAAUGUGUUGUCCCUCGUGUUAGCAAUGAACAAUAACUACAGAAACUAUACUUCCUGCAAGUCAGCCAAAUUACCUCAACUAAAGAGCGUAGCUUAUGUCACCGUUGACGAUAUUAAUAAAGCGUGUAUAGCAAUUGAUAUUUUAACAAAGUAAA